AUUGGGCUCGUAUACCGCCAUAGCCGUACCCGAACGGGGAAAAAACCUCGGAAGAUUGUCGGGAAUGAAACGCAAAUUGGCUUGGCAAUAGUAGUAGUAAUAUAUUCUUUGGACCUUUGCGGCCCUAGGCUGACAAACCUCGUUCCUUGUUCAGCUCUUUUUUCUUCUCUCCGAAACGCCUCUCUCUCUCUCUCUCUCUGGAAUCGAUGAUGGCAGGUAGCAGCUCAACGGGGGCAACCUCUCUCCUCUUCUUCUCUCUCCUCCUCCUCCUAUUACUAUCAUCUUCCGACUCCUUCUACCUCCCCGGUGUCGCCCCUCGCGAUUUUCUACGGGGUGAUCCCCUUCAAGUUAAAGUGAACAAGCUGUCAUCGACGAAGACACAACUACCAUAUGACUACUAUUUCUUGAAGUACUGUAAACCCAAGAAAAUUAUGAACAGUGCUGAAAAUUUGGGGGAGGUUCUUCGAGGCGACCGCAUUGAGAAUUCUGUCUAUACUUUUAAUAUGAGGGAGGAGCAGCCAUGCAAAGUAGCUUGUCGACUUACGCUUGGUGCCGAAUCAGCUAAGAAUUUCAAAGAAAAAAUUGAUGAUGAAUAUAGAGUUAACAUGAUUCUAGAUAACCUUCCAGUUGCUGUUCUGAGGCAAAGGAGAGAUGGUAGUCAGUUAACCACUUAUGAACAUGGUUUCCGUGUAGGGUUCAAAGGAAAUUAUGCAGGGAGCAAAGAGGAGAAGUAUUUUAUAAAUAACCACUUGAGCUUUAGAGUCAUGUAUCAUAAGGAUCCCGAGACUGAUUCUUCCAGAAUUGUUACCUUUGAGGUUACUCCUAACAGUAUUAAUCAUGAGUACAAAGAAUGGGUUGAGAAGAAUCCUCAGUUGACAACAUGCAACCAGAACACCAAAAACAUAAUGCAAGGUAGCACUGUGCCACAGGAAGUCGGUACUGAUAAGGAGGUUGUUUUCACAUAUGAUGUUUCGUUCAAGGAAAGUGACGUCAAAUGGGCCUCGCGUUGGGAUACUUACCUUCUCAUGAAUGAUGACCAAAUACAUUGGUUCUCCAUCAUAAACUCUCUGAUGAUUGUCCUCUUCCUUUCUGGCAUGGUUGCCAUGAUUAUGAUGAGAACUCUGUACAGAGAUAUCGCUAACUACAAUCAGUUGGAAACACAGGAUGAAGCUCAGGAAGAAACAGGAUGGAAACUUCUCCAUGGGGAUGUUUUUAGGGCACCUAUUAAUUCUGGUCUACUCUGCGUCUAUGUUGGGACGGGUGUUCAGGUCUUUGCAAUGACACUUGUCACCAUGAUAUUCGCUGUACUCGGUUUCUUGUCACCUUCUAAUCGAGGUGGGCUUAUGACUGCCAUGGUUCUCUUAUGGGUCUUCAUGGGCUUAUUCGCGGGUUACACCUCUGCACGUCUUUACAAAAUGUUUAAGGGCCACGAGUGGAAGAGGAAUACUCUAAAAACAGCUGUUAUGUUCCCUGGUAUCCUUUUUGCUGUCUUCUUUGUGCUGAACGCUCUAAUCUGGGGGGAGAAAUCUUCCGGAGCCGUGCCAUUUGGGACCAUGUUUGCUCUUGUGUGCCUAUGGUUUGGCAUAUCAGUACCCUUAGUGUUUGUGGGGAGUUACUUGGGUUUUAAAAAACCGGUGAUUGAAGACCCAGUCAAGACAAACAAAAUCCCAAGGCAGAUACCAGAACAAGCUUGGUACAUGAAACCAGCAUUCUCUAUACUGAUUGGGGGCAUUCUUCCAUUUGGGGCUGUUUUCAUUGAGCUGUUCUUCAUUCUUACAUCCAUAUGGUUGAAUCAGUUCUAUUACAUCUUUGGGUUCCUUUUCAUAGUUUUCGUCAUCCUUUUGAUCACGUGUGCUGAGAUAACCAUCGUGCUAUGCUAUUUCCAACUGUGCAGUGAAGACUACCACUGGUGGUGGAGGGCUUACCUGACUGCAGGUUCAUCUGCUCUGUACCUUUUCCUUUACUCGAUCUUUUACUUUUUCACGAAGUUGGAGAUCACAAAGCUGGUUUCGGGCAUUCUGUACUUUGGGUAUAUGUUGAUUGGCUCAUAUGCCUUCUUUGUCUUGACGGGUACUAUUGGGUUCUAUGCUUGCUUCUGGUUUGUGCGAAAGAUCUACUCUUCCGUGAAGAUAGACUGAGGUGAAAGAUGCUGGGGGAGUUUUUGGCUAUAAAAGCAGACAUAAUGAAAUGAGGGGACUACAUGGAGUUGACAUUCAGAAAGGGAAGCAAAAUAAAGCUUCUCCGCUUUUCCUACCUCAUCGAAACUCUCUUUCUUUCGUCUCUGAUGGUAGUUUAGGGCUCGGCUUGUAUGUUAAUCUGUGUCAUUUUGUUUACGACAGUAUCAGUUGGUAUGAACUGCACUUUCAGUAGUUCUUGCUAGAGGAGUAGUUUUCACAGAGUUGCAUGAUUAUUUAUCAGCUCAAGUGCAAUCCGGAGUCGAUAUAAGUCUUGUAAUGGAGUUCUUCAUGGAAGUAAGGAUCACCGUUGAUAAAUGUAAA